GCCGCUCCCGCUAUUUCCCGCGCUCGAGCUCCCUCUUGCUCUCCAUUCUCCAAUGGGGAAACCAAAGCAACAGGUAAUCUCUCGAUUCUUCGCCCCUAAACCCUCUCAAAACCCUAACCCUAACCCCAAUCCCUCUUCCUCCUCCUCCCCCAAGAUCGCCGCCACCGUCUCCUUCUCCCCAUCGAAGCGAGCCCUGGCCAAAACCCUAAUCCCUCCCGCCAAAAAACCCAAAACCCAAAACCUACCAUCAUCAAACCCUACCCUCCAUCAAAAGUUCGUAUCAAAGCUCUUCGAGCCCUCAACUUCACCUCCUCCCUCAACUUCCGCUCUCCAAAACCCUAACCCUAAGUACACCCCGCUGGAGCUUCAGGUCCUCGAGCUCAAGUCCAAGUACCCUGACGUCCUCCUCAUGAUUGAGGUUGGCUACAAGUAUCGAUUCUUUGGUCAGGAUGCCGAGAUUGCGGCUAAAACCCUAGGGAUCUUCGCACAUGUCGAUCAUAAUUUCUUGACGGCGAGUGUUCCGACGUUUCGGUUGAAUUUCCAUGUGAGAAGGCUUGUUUCUGCUGGGUUUAAGGUUGGGGUUGUGAAGCAGACUGAGACUGCAGCGAUCAAGGCUCAUGGAGCGAACAAGGUUGGGCCUUUCACUCGGGGGCUGUCGGCUUUGUACACGAAGGCGACAAUUGAGGCUGCGGAGGAUAUUGGGGGAAAUGGGGAGGGUGGAGAUGGGGAGAGUGGGAACUAUUUGGUGUGUGUUGUGGAGAAAGGGGUUUCAGAGGGGGGUUUUGAUGUGAAGGUUGGGGUUGUUGCUGUUGAGGUUUCGACAGGCGAGGUUGUUUUUGGGGAGUUUAAUGAUGAUUUGAUGCGGUCGGGGCUUGAGGCGGUGGUCUUGAGCUUAGGGCCGGUGGAGAUUUUGUUGGGGGAGCCGCUUUCAAUGGUGACAGAGAAGCUAUUACUGGCGUAUGCUGGACCUUCUUCUCAUGUUCGAGUUCAACAUACCUCACGCGAUUGUUUUAAUGAUGGGGGUGCACUUGCUGAAGUGAUGUCCUUGUAUGAGAAGAUAGAUGAAGAUACGUUGAAUAUGGACCAUAACACUCCACAAAUGGCUGUCGGAAGAAAGGAAAACCAUCAUCUUGGAGUUGAGGGAAUUAUGGCCAUGCCGGAGUUAGCUUGCCAAGCAUUAGCUUUAGCUAUCCGUUACCUUAAAGACUUCGGCCUGGAAAGGAUAAUAUGUUUAGGUGCUUCAUUUCGACCGUUUUCUAGCAAAGCUGAAAUGACAUUAUCAGCUAAUACACUUCGUCAGUUGGAGGUUUUGAAGAAUAACUUCAAUGGUUCCACGGAAGGAUCAUUGCUGCAGGCUAUGAAUCAUACUUGCACUGCAUUUGGUUCAAGGAUGCUUAAGCACUGGAUUACCCAUCCCUUGCGGGAUAAAAACUCUAUAUCAGCUCGUCUUGAUGCAGUUUCAGAGAUUGCAGAAUCCAUGGGGUCAUGCAGCAGUUCACAAAAUUUAGUUGUUCUAGAAGAGAAUAGCCUAUGCAAUACAUUUGGACAGAUAGAAAUUAGUAAUGUUCUUUCUUCAGUUUUUACUGCAUUGGGGAAGUCUCCUGAUGUUCAACGUGGAAUAACAAGAAUAUUUCAUCAAACAGCCACAGCAGCUGAGUUCACUAGGGUCAUUCAUGCUAUCCUUCUAUGUGGGAAGCUAUUGCAGAAGCUUCAUGUCGAGGAUGAUGGUGAUAACAAAACAGUAGAACAGAAAACCAUGAAGUCUGCUUUACUCAGAAGGCUGAUAUUGACAGCAUCUUCAUCUGCUGUACUUGCUCAUGCUGCAAAACUAUUGUCCUCUAUAAAUAAGGAUGCUGCCAAUCAAGGCGAUAUGCUUAACUUAUUUAUUGCUUCUAGCGAUCAAUUCCCAGAGGUUGCCAAGGGCCGUAUAGCUGUACAAGUGGCGAAAGAGAAGCUGGACCUGUUAAUUGUUCAAUACCGAAAGCAGCUUGGAAUGCGGAAUUUGGAGUUCAUGAGCGUUUCGGGAACAACACACCUCAUAGAGGUGCCUAUAGAUGCAAGAGUUCCUUCAAAUUGGGUUAAAGUCAGUAGUACCAAGAAGACUAAUAGGUAUCACACUCCAGAGGUUCUGUCAGGUUUGGAUAGAUUGACACUCGCGAAGGAGGAGCUUUCUGUUGCUUGCAGAACCACCUGGAGCAACUUCUUGUCAGGAUUUGGUAGAUACUAUGCUCAAUUCCAAGCUGCUGUUCAAGCUGUUGCUGCUUUAGACUGUUUGCAUUCACUUGCCAUUCUCUCAAGAAACCUGAAUUAUGUGCGACCAGAAUUUGUAAAUGAUGACGAGCCUUGCCAAGUUUUUAUUCAAUCAGGUCGCCAUCCAGUUCUGGACAUUGUGUUGGGAGACAAUUUUGUUCCAAAUGAUACCAGCUUGCAUGGAGAUGGUGAGUAUUGUCAGAUAGUAACUGGUCCAAAUAUGGGUGGAAAGAGCUGCUAUAUUCGCCAAGUGGCCCUCAUAGCUAUCAUGGCACAGGUUGGUUCCUUUGUACCAGCAUCUUCAGCAAAGUUGCAUGUAUUAGAUGGAAUUCUCACUCGAAUGGGAGCAUCAGACAGUGUUCAGCAAGGAACAAGUACCUUCUUUGAAGAGCUGAGCGAGACUUCGCACAUACUGCAGAAUUGCUCAUCAAACUCUCUAGUGAUCAUAGAUGAGCUUGGUCGAGGAACAAGCACACAUGAUGGUGUUGCAAUUGCUUAUGCAACAUUGCGUUACCUUCUUGAACGGAAAAAAUGCAUGGUCCUUUUUGUCACUCACUACCCCAGAAUUCUGGAUAUUAAGAAUGAUUUUCAUGGAUCUGUUGGCGCUUAUCAUGUUUCCUAUCUCACGUCAGAGAGACCUUUGGAAAUUACAGAAUUGGAAUUAGAAGUUCCUGUUAGAAGUCAAGAUCAAGCAGAGGUUACAUUCCUGUAUAAAAUUGCACCUGGAGCAUCAGACAAAAGCUUUGGUCUAAAUGUUGCACGACUUGCGCAGCUGCCAUCUUCUUGCAUCGCAAGAGCAGCUGCCAUGGCAGCAAAACUAGAAGCAGAUGUGAAUACUAUCUUCUUGCAUCGUGUGCGGAAAUUGAUGCUGGAUGCACCAAAAAAGUCUAAAGAAUUGGGAAAUUGCUCUAGCCAACCUAGCUCUUCACUUGUAGAAAAUGAACAAUUUGAAGAAUUCACUCUAUCAUUCCACAAAGUCCUUUCCUGUAUAAAAAACGCUUUAAGUGAUUCUGAUCCAUCAAACUUCAUAAGCUCAAUGAGGGAUGCGAGGGAGCUUGCAUUGACAAUGCUAAAGAGGCCUCUCUGAAGCUGAAGCCAGCCAUAAGUUCAAAUGCCAUCUUCUUGAAAUUUAGCAAGCUGGAAGUGUAAUUCUACCGACAUUAAUAUUUAAUUUUCCAUCUUUCUCGAGUAAGAAUUGGUCUUGGUUUAUCAUUUUUUCUUUCUUUUCGCUGACUCUUGCUCGAGUUGUGCAGUUUAUUAACCAGGUUGAGAGAAUGGGAGCUGCUGUUUGUUCUCGAUUUUGUAACUUGACCUCCUUACAGCUGAAGGGUAAUAUUAUAGGAUCCUGAAUGAGAUGUGUAAUGUAAUCUAUUAAUUACUUGAGGUGUUUUUUGUUAGUUUCAUAUGAGACCACGGUAUGAGCUGGCCUCUUAGUUACUGCAAUGAUGUGGGAGGUGGCUAAAGCUUUAGUUUUUACCCCCAAUCGAUACUUAGGUCCAUUUAUUUGUUACUUUGAUAUUAUGACAACUGCAUGGAGAUUGGUUACCCAACUAAA